AUGAUGUUUCGACGCAACCGUGGGACGAUAUUAAAGAACUGUACGACCCCAAUGACAUGUGGAAAAAAAUGGAAAGAAUUAUUCCUAAGUGUUUGUGAUAAACACGCCCCUGUGAAAACUAAACGCACCCGUCCCACCAAGUCUCCUUAGAUUACAACAAAUUUGAAAAAACGCGAAUGAAUUUCAGAAACCGGCUAAAGAAAAAAGCUGUUAAAACUAAUUUAAGAAUGCGUCCUCUUGGAAUCGAUUCCGGAAGGUCAAAAAUAAAGUAAAUCAGGAAAUCAAGGCUGCUAAAAAGGCCUAUUAUAAUAAUUCUUUUAAUAAUUAUGUCGGUGAUCAACGUAAGACCUGGAAGACCAUCAAUGAAUCGACUUCCCGCAAAUCUAAUAAAACAAUAAUAAAUGAAAUACAAUAUCAGGGACUAAAAUCGAGCAAUCAAGCAGAAGUUGCUGAAUUGUUGAACACUUUCUUCAUUGAGAUUGGACCAAGGCUUAGUCGAAAUGUUUCGAAUGUUGAUACCACCUACAAAGAGUUUCUUUGUGGAACUUCUAAGGAGUUUGUCUUCAAGGAAAUACAUCUGCUCAUAUUUAUUCUCUCCUUUCAAAACUUUGUAAAUCAAAGGCCACUGGAUUAGAUAGUAUAUCAGCUAAAUUAUUAAGGGAGUGCCCUGAUCUAAUUGCCGAGUCUCUUACUUUAAUAUUUAAUCAAUCACUGUUGACAGGAAUUUUUCCCGAUGAGUGGAAGUCGGCUAGGGUUACUCCAUUGUAUAAAAAUUCUGGUAAACGAAAUGAUCCCACCAAUUAUCGACCAAUAUCGGUGAUCCCAGUCGUGGCCAAAGUAUUUGAACGGGUAGUCUACGACCAGUUGUAUCACUAUCUUACUGAGAAUCGUAUUCUAUCCCGUUACCAAUCUGGUUUUCGUUCUUUGCGUUCUACUGUAACCGCAUUACUCGAAGCUACCGAUAGCUGGGCAGUGAACGUUGAUCCUGACCUUGUCAAUGCCCUUGUCUUCUUAGACUUAAAAAAGGCUUUCGACACAGUUGAUCAUCAUAUCUUAUUAACGAAAUUACAAUAUUAUGGAUUACGCGGUUCCUGUCACGAAUGGUUUACUUCGUAUUUAAACAAUCGUACCCAAACUUGCCAAAUUAAUUGCUCAAUGUCAAACUCAAAAUUAGUUACAUGUGGUGUUCCCCAGGGAACAAUUCUUGGACCUUUGUUGUUUUUACUGUAUAUUAAUGACCUACCUAAUUGCUUGCAUUUUUCACAACCUAGAAUGUAUGCCGAUGACACCAGCCUAACCUAUGCCAGCGCAGAUUUAAAACUCAUAAAUAGGGACCUUCAGCAUCGACGACGAAAUGGGACGACGACGCCGACCGGAAGUGAAAUUUUCCCGCGCGAACCUUCUAGGCAUGCGUGAGGUUGUCAAAACGUCGUCCAGCCUUCGUCGACGACGUAAUUCAGGGAGGUUUGCCUUCGUCGCUAAAACGUAAGUAUAAAACUAUACUUUUUGCGUGUAAAUCAGUCUUUCCCCCUCUUGUCAUUCAGUACAAGUAGAAAUAUAUUCUUUGUGGUUUAGCAGAAUCCAAAUGUUAAACACUUUGUCGGUUUCUUCGCCUGCUAACUGGAAUUUAUUUUUCAGGUUCGGUUUGUUUGAAAACCUGAGUGAUGGCGGAACAACAAGUCGGACAGACAAGUAAGCUUUGCUCUGCUAUCUUCCGAACCUUUUAGAUUAGCUGCUGUUCGUUCCCUUACGGUCCUAUGUUCACUCAUGCAUUCUAGGUUGUGCUAUAGGAUAAAUGUUCAUUUUUUCGUACUAAGAUUUAAUAAUUUCCCAUGUUGUCUUUAGCCGCUAUUAAAGGCAACUAUUUUCCAGUGGACUCAGCUGGAACAUGAUGUGGUUAUGAGGAGCCCUGAGAGAGGACAAAUAUGGGAGAACAUUGUAGCAGCACUGAAUUCUCUUCAGCAGCCGAAAUUUAGCUUAACUGCAAGUCAAGAGCUGUUCGAGAUCGGUAUACAGGUUUAAUUUCAUUUCAAAACAAAAACAACAGCUGCGCGACGAAGAGAAAGCCUCCACAAUCAAAUAAUCCAGGUCCUAAAGAACAAUGAAUUCGCCAUCGUCGAUUAAACCAUCUUCAUACCUUAUAAAAUGCAAAUUACUGAGGUCUUUGAAUGCCCUAACAAGACUGUAACAAGACAAAGUUCUUCGCAAAGAAAAAGUCGUCGUCCGUCUGGGAAGCUGCACUGCUAAACUUCGUUUUCCCCGCCGAAAACGAAACCCUUGGCCCAGUCUGCCUCGGUUGGGAAGCGUCGUCGUCGUCCGUUUAGUUGUCGAUGCUUAAGGUCCCUAAUGACUGCGUUAACGACGACUUAAACAAGGUGUAUAUAUGGCUAUCGGCUAACAAACUGACCCUUAACUUGACUAAAACUGAGUUUAUGUUAGUUGGGUCGAGGCAGAAGCUAUCAAAGCUUUCUGAAUCUCCUUCUUUUAUGAUAAACGACCAUCCCAUGAUGCAAGUGUCAACGGCAAAAUCUCUUGGAGUGCAUAUUGACCAAAACUUAAGCUGGGAAUGCCACAUACCGAGUAUUUGUAAAAAGAUUGCUUCUGCUUUGGGUGCAAUUAAAAGAAUACGACAUCUUAUUCCUUUUAAUGUAUUAAUUAAUGUUUACGACAGUUUAAUUCAACCGCAUUUUGAUUACUGUAAUGUCGUAUGGAGCAACCGCGGCAUUGGUCUUUCCGAUAAGCUGCAGAGGCUCCAAAAUGGUGCAGCCCGUAUUCUAAUGUCCGCUAAUUCUGAUUGUAAUGCGGACGAUUUGUACCUGGCACUGGGUUGGCGUAAGCUUAAACACCAAAGACAAGUAUCGACGACUAUUAUGAUGUAUAAAACCGUACAUGGGAUGACUCCCGACUAUCUAACAUCUAAAUUUGUAUCUCUUGACGAAAUAACUUCUUAUCGAUUGAGGAAUACUGAAAAUAAAUUAGUCCACUGCCCGUACCAAUUAUUUAAAGAAAAGUUUUUCCUAUAG